AGCAGUUCAGACUCUCACUGAAAAUACACUAUCCUUGCUGCCCUUGGAAUGCGCAGUCUACUUACGUGCCUUUUUGUACUGUUCAAUCAAGUGGGGCUCAGUCAACCACAGGAUUGUGGCGAUACUGGUCUCAAGGACCCAGCAGCAGUCUUAAAAUUGCAUAAUGAAGUACGACAAGGGGUUGCUCAACGUCAAUUUGCACAUAGUGAUGGAGCAAUUACAUACAGCAAAAUAGGGUCCAAGAAUAUGUUUGCUUUGGACUAUGAUUGUGCGCUACAGGGAAUUGCAUAUGCGUCUGUUGUGAACUGUAGAUGCGACAAAACUUUUGUGGACGCUUACGAUUACUCCAUCAGUUGCGAAAAGACGAUCUUAGGUAGUACCAAAACAACAAAAAUACAGGAAGCGUAUGAAACCACAAUUAAAGAAUGGCGUGACGAUGCCAAAAAUGAUAUACCACUACCACUUAGCGCUGCUACGUACAAAAAUGUUCCCGCAACCUUUGCAAAUAGCAUUUCAGAUGAUUUAAAGUCGCUGAGGAUGGGGUGUGCCCAUCGGUUAUGUGAUAAACGAGUGCUUAUCGCAUGCGUGUACAGCAGGAAACCGCAAGGUGAGCAGCCUUUGUACAUUGAAGCUAGUACAAAAACUGGAUGUACUGCGAAAAAGUGCAAGGAGUUGGUACCAGAAGCUAAAUGCGAUAGUUCUUGUGGACUAUGUGUAACAGACAAACAUGUUGCUAAUGUUGCAAUUUAGCACUGUUGUGUUAGAGGCUAAGUACAAC